UUUGCCCCUUAUGGUUAUCAUCCACAAGUCAUGGUGUGGAGCUUGCAAAGCUCUAAAGCCAAAGUUUGCUGAAUCUAAGGAGAUCUCUGAACUUGCCCACAAUUUUGUUAUGGUCAACCUUGAGGAUGAUGAAGAGCCAAAGGAUGAAGCUUUUAGUCCUGAUGGAGGUUACAUUCCCAGAAUCCUCUUCAUGGACCCCAGUGGAAAAGUCCACCCUGAAAUCAUAAAUGAGAAGGGAAACCCCAGCUAUAAGUACUUCUAUACCAAUGCUGAUCAAGUUGUCCAAGGGAUGAAGGAGGCCCAGGAGAAGCUAACAGGUGAUGCUUUCAAACAAAAACACCUGGGAGAUGAACUAUAGUGAAUGCACUGAAUGAUGCUUUUCCAUCACUUCAAAACUCUAAGAGGAAAUGAUUUAACAGACCAAGAAUGUAGAUGCACUGAAGGACAUAAUUCUCCUGUCGACAAUGUUAGGUUAAACCCCGUUUGGAGUUCACACACAUGCAUCAGUUACAGUGUUAUCUCCUCUGCCUGGCAGUUUGUACCAUCGUGGUUAUUUGCAAGUAGGUAAUGUGCAAACACAUCAGUUUGUGGGUUUGAGCAACCAUUGAUAUUUGGUGUUAAAAGGGAGGAGUGUAGGGCAAAACAUUACUUGCAGACAAACAGCGUGGUUGGAGUAACUAGAAGUAGCCAACAUUUUGACACUUAAUCAGGGUUGGAUCCCUCUUUUCUCACUGGUAUUACAUGAUCCCAUUGUUCUUAUUGGGGAUUCCUACGAAUGGAGCAUGUUCCUGGGUCAGGUGUUUUCCAGGUAUCCCAAACCAUUAAUUCUGCCACUAAGCCAAGUAGAAUAAAUUUCAUGAAUGUCCAAGUAGCAUGUGAAAAUAUUAGCUCUGCAAACAUAUUUUUGUGUAAAACUGUGUGUGAUUCAUCUUUAUUUGCCUUUGGGCAGAAACUUAACUUCUUCCUUAUGCACUCACCUUUAGAUUGUUUUAUCAAGUGAGGGUGGGUUACGUUAAAGCUUUACGGGGGUUCCCCUUUUAUUCUUUGAAUGUUUUUUGGCGAAUGCCUUGCCAUCACAUUGUACUGUAUUUUUGUACCUGGGUGAAAAAUUAAACCUUUUUAAACAUAA